AUGACGGAAGCUCCGCCAAAAGAUCCCGAAUAUGAAUAUGUCAUCAUGCUGUUAAACGCGAAAACGUCUAAUCCUCGCGAAAAAAAAUAUUCAUCGGAUUUUUUCGAAGCCUCUAUCUCCUACGUUCUUAAACAUUUCAACGCAAAUCACGCCAAGCAUUUGCUAUGCACUCCCGAGCUUACAGAUAUCGUUAUCGAGAUGAUACCGCUAUUUUUAAUCGAGAACCCCGAUGGUACAGAAGUGGGCAUGGUCAACACUUUUGAAUAUGAAUAUGAAUAUGACACUCAACUUGAGCGAAUUUCUGGAAGGGGAAUUUGA